AUGCUCCUCAUUCCAGAGGGAGAACCUUUCGGAGAAUUAGCGCCAGUAUUAGACGAAUCCGUUAUUGGCUUUCCCAGUGACAUACGACCAGCUCGGCCUGGAGUAAAGGAGAUGCUCGAGCCUGCCAGAUUCGAGCUUGGCCAAACCGGCAUACCAGUUCCCAAGCUGGUUGUCUUCGCUCAAAGCUUGCUGGACACCAAUAACGGCGUCGACCUUGAAGAUCUGGUAAAUGGUAUGAACCUGUCAAUGGAGUGGGGAGAAGAGUAUCUUGAACUUGAUGGAAGUACGGACGUAGCCUGGGCGAAUUGGAAGGCUGAGGCACUCGAGAGAGAAGGAAAGAGUCUGCAUGGGUGGGAUGGCAGCCCGGAAAAGAGGCGCGAGAUAUGGCAGAGCACGGUGUCAGCCGACGGGGAGAAGUGGGGUCAAGGCUGGAAAUACAACGCUGCCUGCGAGACGAGGUUUUGGAGGCGGGGUCAGAGGCAUCCUCGAAGGCGCAAAGGCGGCUUCUGA